UCAAAUCGCUGCGUUCAUGCGCUUAUUUUGAAAAGUUUAGAAAGAAAAUGUCGGACUUGAAGAGAUAAUUUACUCAACGUACUAAGACAAAAUGGCAACGAACGGAAGAAUGACAGCUGUUGAAGAUCUAGUCAAGUUUCUUGAUACAUCCAUGAGCAAAUUGAACAGAAUAUGGACAGAAAUAGGAAUUGUGGAUUAUCAGAGAAAGGAGCGUGCUCAAACUGCAAUGUUACACCUACAGAAUCUUCUGGAGGAUAUGGUACAAGAAGAAGAAGCUCUGAAGCACCAGAUUACCAAACGAAUUGAGAAAUAUACACUGGAAGUCAAAAGCUUGUGUACUGAAUUGGAAAUACCACAAUUUGAGCCAAAUGGUAAACUGUCAAUGUUACAAAGAGAGAAAGACCUGCGGGCAAAAGUAGAGUCUUUAUCUCAAGAAAAACAAGAACGUUUAAAGACUCUUAAGAAUUUGAAGGACCAGGAUCAGCACCUAUGUGAUGCCAUGUGUUUAACUCCCUACUACAUCCCCACUGGAUCCACACCUUCAAAUGAGCAGUUAAAGGCUCUUGAGCAGCAUGUUAAUUCCUUAAAAGCUGAGAAGGAAAAACGUUUUGCAGAAUUUGUGUCAAAGAAAAAGAAAGUUGUAGAAUUGUUUCAUGAAAUAGACCGUAAUCCCCAAUCUGACUUUGAGUGUGAUGUGAUAUGUGAAGAAGACAGUACCUUCCUACUAUCCAUGGAAAACCUGAAAUCUCUCAAAACUCUACUGACAGAGUUAGAAGAACAGAAAGAAGAUAUGGAGAAAGAAGUGGCGGAUCUAUGGGGGCGGAUCGUUUGUCUGUGGGAUAGACUGGAGAUUUCUGAGGCUGAGAGAAGUCACUUUAGGAAAGACAAGUCUGGCAUCAAACCCCCCGUCAUAGAGGCACUAAAGGCUGAAAUAGCACGUUGUGAGAAGCUCAAGUUUGAUAAUAUUCAGCGAUUUGUGGAGGGCAUGAGGAAAGAGAUCGUUGAAUGGUGGGAUAAGUGCUUCUUCAGUAGACAACAGAGGGAAGAUUUCACCGCUUAUUUUAAUGAAAACUAUACAGAGGCUCUAUUAGACGAGCAUGAUAGAGAAGUUCAAAAACUGAAGAAGUAUUACGAGGAUCAUAAACAAAUGUUUGAAAAUCUGGAACGAUGGGAUUCCCACUUUCGGCAGAUGAUUGAAAUGGAGAGGAAAGCAAAUGAUCCCAACAGAUUUAACAACCGUGGAGGUAAAUUACUUCAGGAGGAAAAGGCAAGAAAAAAAGUCCUGAAGGAUCUGCCCAGGAUUGAAGAAGAACUUAAAGAAACAGUUAUUAAAUGGGAGGCAGAACAUAGCCAGCCAUUCCUGGUAGAGGGUGUGGCUUUUGAUGAAUUUGUACAGAAACAGUGGGCCGCUUAUGAAGAGCAGAAAAUCAAGGAAAAAGAACAAAGGCACAAAGCAAAGGCUCGAUUGAUGGAGGAAGAGAUGAUUUAUGGUAGUAAGCCGUCUACUCCUGCCAAGAAACGCUUCCUGACUACGCCCACAAAGACCCCCAGUAAACUCAGGAAGUUGACUGAUGGCUCCAGUUCAAGGAUAUCUGUUCAGCUGAAUGACACAACCAAGACUCCAAUGUCUUGCAGUAAGAUUCAGCACAGUAGUGUGUUUGCUUCCCCAUCUAUGAGGGCUCCCAUGUCAGCAAGUAAAUAUACACCUGGCUGUAAAACAACACGAAGAAGGUCCCUCCGUGGAAAUCGUAAAGUUCUGUCAGAGCGAAACAAUGGUCCUCCAAACCCGGCCCUGUUCAGCCAUACGACGGUAAGCAGUCACGGACAGUCCGCACCUACUGCCCAUAUUGACGUCUCGGCAGCCUCCAUGGGAACGUAUCAAGAUUUUGAAUCGGGAAUUCAAAUGAAUAGCACUUUAACGUACAGAAGAAAACCGCCCAUAGGAAUUUAAACCACCCCACCAGAGCCUUUUGUAGAAGCAGUAUGAUGCCCCAUGGGAGCCCCAGUAACAGAAUGUGAAUUGUACAUAUUGUGUACAUAAUGUAUAGUGUACAGACCUCUACAGCAGUGCAAUAACACGUUUUACUAUGGUCAGAAAAACUACAGGCUUUUUAUAAGCUAUUGCUUUGAACUUCUUCAACCCAAUAUUUUUUUAAGAAAAUAAAUUUUUUAUCAUGUGGACUUUUAAAUAUUUCUUUUCUUUCACAUUGUGAUAAUCCAGCAUGGGGCCAGUUAAAACUGUUAAUUCUGCUGCUAAUGUUAAAUUAUGAAUAAUUUUUUGUCCAAUAGAUGCUGCUGGCAUAUGUACAUUGAUUAAUGGUUGUAAAUGUAUAGGAUUUCAUUCAUACUCUUACAACCUUAUACACAUGGAAAUGUUUCAGUAUAUCUAUAGUAUAAAUUAAUUUACAGAUGUUAAAAAAAGUAUCUUAAAUGUCCCAGUUU